AUGCCGCGGUGCCGCCGGGAUACUUGGGGCUACCGCGGCGUCCGCGCGCGCCCCUCCGGCGGCUUCUCCGCCAAGAUCCGGUUCCGCGAGAUGCGCCUCAGCCUUGACACUUUUGACACCACCCACGAGGCCGCCCGCGCAUACGAUGCCGCGGUGUGGCACCUCCGCCGGCCUCGUAGGGAGAUGAACUUCCCCAACGACAUCAUCAACAAGCGUGAGUUCUACAUGCAAAGGAGGGCGAAGAGGGAGAAGUGGAGGGUAGAACGAGCCACCUAUCAUGAGGACAGGCGUACGCGAAAGGCGGCCGCUCAAUUCAACAUCAAGCUAGGAGCAGCAUCGCCCUGGGACUCUGACGAUGAUCGGUAUCUUGACACCUACAAUGGGACAUCGGAGGAGGACAUCACCGAGGCGGAGUCGGACGACGUGGAGUAG